CGACAUUAGCCCUUAUUGUGGCAAAAGUUAUCUGCACUUUAUUUUGACACAUUUGCCGGAUCCAUAUCACCGAAAUGGGUUAAAUAUAGUAAGCGAUGGGUGGUCACACUAUCCAGCACACUGCAACAAAUUUGUUUUGUUUUCUUAGCUCGGGUUGCCUUGUUCCCGGAGAAAUGGGCACCAAAGAGCUCCAGGAAUCCGUCCACUCGCUGUGCCGCACCUGUCUGGUCCACAUGGAGCAGGGGACAGGCUACGACCUGUUCCAGAUUCCAAAUCUGGCCAAGAAGCUGACUGCUUGUACGUCAAUGGAAUUGGAUGCGCAGGAUGGCUUCCCGAGCCACAUCUGCCACCUGUGCUUUGGGAAGUUGAACGAGCUGCACGAUUUCCAGGAACAGUGUGCGGGCUCCCAGAGGCGACUUAAGGAAAUGUUUGCCAAGAUCCAAGUAUUUCCCGUUGGACAAUUCGAGCCUGUGGCGGAGGAAACAGACAUGCUGGGCAGACAAGAGGAGCAGGCCAGUUAUGAUCCUCUCCUCAACCACAAGCUGGAACUUAUUGACAACGAGGAGGAGGUGUUUAAGAUGUUGGAAACGGUGGACAGGGAACCGGAGGAGAAUAACCGAGACGAUUCCUCAAGUAAAGAGCGUGGAUACGAUGAGCAGGAGGCGCAGAAGAGCUUCUCCAGCGACGACGAACAACCCUUGGCUAAGCGGAAAAAGACUCACUGCCCUAAGAGUCGCCCGCACCAACUCAUCACCUGCCCCAUCUGCCAGCAAAAGUUCAAGAAGUCGUCAAAAUUCGAGGAGCACAUGAAGCACCAUAAUGACCUGCUGCCCUUUCAGUGCGCAGAUAAAAAUUGCCGGAAAGGCUUCACCACAGCCGGUGCUCUACGGCUGCAUGUAGAUUACGCGCACACCAAGAAGGCGGAUGAGAUUCCCUGUACCGUGGAGGGCUGCCGGUUGAUGUUUCCUCGCAUUCGCCUGUUGACGAUACACCUGAAGAAGGUGCACAACCAGACCAGAGUGAGUGCUCCGCGGGCGGAGCAGCCAUGCGGGGAAUGCGGACUCGUCUUUCGCUGUCCUGUGGCCCUCAAGAAGCACAUGUAUAAGCACACUGGCGAGGAACUGCCGUAUCCCUGCAACAUCUGCGGCAAGGGCUUCCACAUCAACAGCGCCCUAAAGAAUCAUCUCCUCCGGCAUGCGGGCAUCAAGAACUACGUGUGUCCUUACUGCGGCGUGGGGAAGACCACGAGGCAGGAGUGGAGCAAGCACCUCCUUACGCACACCCAGGAGAAGCAGUUCAAGUGUCACAUAUGCGCCCAUGCCACCCACACGAAGCGCGCCUUGGACAGCCAUGUCAAGAUUGUGCAUGAGAAGAUCCGGAACUUUGCUUGCCAGUACUGUGGGAAAACUUUUGGAAAGUCCCAUGCCUGCAAGAUCCAUGAAAUGACGCACACCGGAGAAAAGCGCUGCGAGUGCAAGGUCUGUGGCAAGAAGUUCCUGUACACCGAGAGCCUGACAAAGCAUCUCAAGAUCCAUGAAAAGAGUGUGGAGAGAGCUCUGGAAACCUAUCGCCUACGGCAAGGAGACGGUGAAACCGGAGACGUCCAAGUGGAUGCGGAUCAGCUGCUUAAAGUCUGCGCCGAAUCGGUGGCGACCAUACCCAAGGAUCCGCGUCGUGUAGAGCGUGUUGAUCUGUCCCAACUGGCAGGCACUGUGGUUAAUCCCAUUCCCACUGUUCAACUGCCGCCCAGUGAGGCCCAGAUCCGCACGAAAUUCGUCCAGAAAGAGGGCAUGCACCUUUGCCCCGGCUGCAGCCAGGGUUUCAAUAAUCUAGGCAACAUGAAGCGUCACUACAAGAGCGUCCAUGAAAAGGUUAAGGACUUUGAGUGCCGCUUCUGCGCGCGCCGUUUCGCAAACUCGCAGUCUCUGAAGCAACACGAGUGGAUACAUACCGGUGAGAAGCCGUACGAGUGCAAGGUGUGCAGUACUCAUUUCCGACAGGAGGCGGCUCUCAUCCGCCACCAGAAGGUCCAUUACGAAAAGCAUCCAAAGCCGGCAAAACCACCAAAGGAAAUCACAGAUAGAGCUCGCCAAAAGGCGAUGCAGAAAAGUGAACGCCGACAGAAAGUGGAAGCGCUGCGCCAGGAGAUAGCCGAUGCUGCCAAGGAGGAGCUCAAGGAUCUGGCAAAGCUGCGGAACCUAGAGAAGCAACAUAACUCCUAUGAACAGUAUCAGGCAGCGGCAGUCAACCAGGCUAAUCUGGGAACAGAAAAGGAAUCUUAAGGCUCAAUGUCUUCCAAAAUGGGUAGACAUCAAUCGUUGGUUAAUAUUUAACUAUUUCCUAAUUGUUAUCAUAGUUUUAAGUAAUUAAAGUAACAGGAAA